UGGAUCUCGAAUCGCGAUGACCGUCCCCUCCCUGGAGGAGCUGGACUCUUUCAAGUACAGUGACCUGCAGAACUUAGCCAAGAGUCUGGGCCUCCGGGCUAACCUGAGGGCAGACAAGUUAUUAAAAGUCUUGAAAGCCCACCUUAAACAUGAAGCAGGAAAAGAAAAUGAGAAUCAGGAUGAAAGUCAAACUUCUCCAUUAUCUCAUGAUGAGACUGAGAUACAGAUUAAUAGUCAAGAUCAAGUUGAGAGAAAGCCAGUUGGCCAUGUCACCAAGACAAGGAGAAAGCGCAAGAUGGUCCAUGGGAACCCUGACUUCCAGGUGAAUGGAAAUGAUCAUUCGGAGAUAGAAAUAAAUGAUCCUACUGAAUUCCAGAAUCAUGAAAAGCCGGAGAACCGGGAUCUCAUUACAACAAAAGUUCCUUCUCUGCCAGCUGAGAGCCAAGAAAUUGAGAAUGAAGUUUCCUCAGGAAAAGGUAAUGAAUAUUCAAAGAUACCUUCAGAAAGAAAGAAGCUUCUAUGCACAAAUGAGUUUUCCAAAGCUGGAAAAAAUAAAAGAACUGCAAUCCCUACUCCAAACUUUAAAAAGCUUCAUGAGGCUCGUUUUAAGGAAAUGGAGUCCAUUGAUCAAUAUAUUGAGAGAAAAAAGAAACAUUUUGAAGAACACAAUUCGUUUAAUGAAUUGAAGAAGCAGCCCAUCAAUAAGGGAGGUUUAGUGACUCCAGUAACUCCAAGAGGAAGAUUUUCUGUGACUUAUACUCCUCUCAGCCAGCAGCGCUUGCAUGGCCAGUGUCCUGGCCCUGCAAUUCGGAGCCCCUUGGGUCUGGAAGGUUCAGUCAAGCGCUCUGCUCUGUCUGCAGCUAAAACUAGUGUCAGGUUUUCAGCUGCUACUAAAGAUAAUGAGCAUAAGCGUUCACUGACCAAGACUCCAGCCAGAAAGUCUGCACAUGUGACGAUACCCGGAAGUACCCCAAAAGGCCAGGCUGUGCUUGGGACACACAAUUUAAAGACUACCAAGGGGAAUUCUGUUGCUGCUAUUACCCCAUUCAAACUGACAACUGAGGCAACACAGACUCCAGUCUCCAGUAAGAAACCAGUGUUUGACCUUAAAGCAAGUUUGUCUCGUCCUCUCAACUAUGAGCCACACAAAGGAAAGCUGAAACCCUGGGGACAAUCCAAAGAAAAUAAUUCUCUGAAUGAACAUGGCAACAGAGUUAACUUCCACAAGAAAAAUUAUAAACAACCUCGUCUGCAGACCAGGGAAGAGCAACGGAAGAAACACGAGCAGGCACGAAAGGAGAAGAAAGCAAGGGUUUUGGGAGCACGGAGGGGCCUCAUGGCGAAAGAUUAAUAAUCGUUAACAUCUUGUAAAUAUUUCUUUACUCUGAACUUUUCCUUUUGUAAAUAUUUUUGUACUUCCCCACUUUAGUCAAAAGAUCUUCUCCUGUUGUUUAUUAUCUGUGUAGUGGCCACAGGUUCUUCAUGUGCUACAAUUCUGAAAAGACAUCAUUACCUUAAAGCUCACAAAUUCUUUAAAAUUACCUAAGUCCUCGUACAACUCAGUUUUCUAACGAGACCCAUCCAAGAAAUCCUUAAUCUAGAUUUUUAACAUCAAGUUCCCCCUGCUGGUUCCAAUAUUAACCAAACUGCAGUGCUCUUCUGGGCGACAGCAUUUACCUGACAGCAGUGAGUUAUAUAAGCUUCAGUAAAAUUUGCA